AAUCAGAAAAGAAAAACAGAUUUUUUUACUUAAGGGCCAAUUUCAAUCCGAUCCGUACGAUUCACAAGCUAACGCAACAACGAGAGGAUAAUACUUGAGCUAAAUCUAUUGUCUAUGAUAAAAUUUUUUUGGGAAUAAUAUUAAAUUUUAUUAACUCAAGAAGCACCGACAAAGUGAAUUGCAAUCACUAACAACAAAAAAGAUAUAAUAGAGUGUGAAUUUCAGUCAUUGUAAUUUUUCAUUUUCGUUCUGCUAUCUCUUCCGAUCCUCAUCCGCCACACCCACCGCCGCCGCCACCGUCAACAUUACAAAAACCAGAAAUUCCACAUCUUUAUCGUUGCCGCUUCAAUAGAUUAUAAAAAUGAACCCCACCGCAUUAUUAAUUCGGAAAAGCCUCCUCCAACUAGCACAUGUCGAAAACGCCUCCGCAAUCCGGUCUCUCCCACCAUCCGCCACCGCCGCCGACGGAGACUCCGGCUUCCGGCCUGUCAUCAAUAGCUCCUCCUCACCUGCAGCCGACAGAAGACCCUUCAACCCCACCUCACAGUUCGACUCCUCCAUGGCCCUCACCAUCCUCGUCCUCCUCACCGCCCUCUUCUUCAUGGGAUUCUUCUCAAUCUACAUCCGCCGCUUCACCGCCGCCGAGGAACCCCCACCUCCCUCCGCCGCCACUUCCUCCUCCUCCCCGCGCCGCCCCCCUCCGCCGCCCAAUCGCAGGGGUGGUGGACUCGACCCCUCCGCUGUAAACUCGCUGCCCCUCGUGGCCUACGGUAAGGCGGCGGCGGCGGAGCACCGGCGGAUGUCCGACGACUGCCCGGUGUGCCUGAGCGAGUUCCAGGAGGGGGAGACGGUGAAGCUAAUCCCUAACUGCGGUCACGUGUUCCACUCCAAAUGUAUUGACACGUGGCUAUUCUCGUACGUGACCUGCCCCCUGUGUCGGUCCACCCAGCUGUUCAAGACGGCUGAGGAAGUCUGAUAAUAAUUCAUAAUACGAUCCACGGUGGAAAAUAGUGACACGUGGAGUGAUAAAGGAUCCCGCUGGAGUUUGGUUGACACGUCAUUGAUCUGACUAGGCUAAUCUUGCUGCGGUGCAGCGAACACAAAAAUGUUUUUAUUAUUGUAGGUGAUUAGUAUUUAAUUUUGUAUUAUUGGGUGGCUUUAUUGUAAUUACAUGUACAUCAAUCAAAUUCAUUAUCUUUACUAUG